AAGAAGGGUAGACAAGUCAUAGGUCAACCGAACAAACAACAAAAGACGAUACACAAAAAGAUUGAAGAUUGUUAGAUCAAACAAAAAGUGCGAAGUGGAACACAAAUCUGGGAAUUCUCGAACUUCAAACUCUCUUCAAUCUCAAUCACAUUUCUCCCUCGUCAAAUUAAGAUUUUCCAGCAAUACUACAACCACGAGAGUACGAGGAAGUGUGUCUACACCUUAAAUCCUGUCGCCUUCAAUCCCUCUUUUUGUUGCAGAUAUUGUGAAACAUGGAGAUAUUUGAAAGCCGAGUGAUAUUAAGUAGUGGCAUUUACGGUAUCAAACUUUUUAGUUGAAGGUGCAUAGAUGGAAGAAGAAACUGUUAUCCGUUGUCUCAACAUAUAUCAAAAUACUACAGGAGAUUAAUACUUCAGAGUUCCAUGCUAGGCAGAAAGACGUCCCACCGUCCAUUAGUUGCAUACCGACCAAUUGGACCAUCAGAUUUAGGGAUUCUCCAACAACUUCAUGCAGAUCUUUUUCCCAUCAGGUAUGAGCCUGAGUUCUUCCACAACGUUGUUAAUCGUCGUGAUAUAAUUUCAUGGGGAGCUGUUGAUCGUAGUAGACCCAAUUCGCAAAGGGAUGAUCUUAUUGGAUUCGUCACUAUAAAGAUGGUUCCAGCAAGAGAAAGUGAGAUCACUGAUUUGGUUAGAUGUGACCCCACCCGAUCUGACCAAACUCUAGUUUAUAUUCUCACCCUGGGAGUAGUUGAAGCAUAUAGAAAAUUUGGCAUAGCUUCGGCGCUGAUCAGAGAGGUCAUAAGAUAUGCUAAAACCAUCCCGACAUGCCGAGCUGCAUAUUUGCAUGUCAUAUCUUACAAUACUCCAGCCAUCUAUUUGUACAAGAGAAUGUCAUUCGCGUGUGUAAGAAGGCUUUAUGGGUUCUACAUCAUCGAGGGCCAGCACUAUGAUGCCUAUUUAUUUGUGUACUAUGUAAAUGGUGGCCGAUCUCCUUGCUCACCGCUGGAACCACAAAGGGAAGUGAUACGAAGGGGAUUCCAUCCCAGGUCUUGGGUACAACCCCCCAAGACUAAACUAAUUGGCGUCCGUGGGUUUUUUCAUGUUGCACAAAUGGGGUUUCCUUCUGCCACCCUUUUGCUUGGAUGGUUUACUUCAUCACGUAUUAAGUAUGUAAAUUUUCCUGAGAAGUGAUGUGGUUUUAAGGUGAUCCAGGCUGCUUUUACUAUUUAUGCUUUGAAGCCCUGCCUAAAAGUGAAGACAAUGUUUGAGAAAACCGCCAUUUUCAUUAGCUGAAAGUAAAAAGGUUGUCUUGUAGUCAUAAAUUUAGGGCUGGCAAUCCCUGAUCCGACCUGAUCCGACCUGAUAACCUGACAUGAAGUUAUUGAGAGAAACCCGAACCCGACCAGAACCGAAACCGAAUGACAUGAAAUCGACCUGAUUUGACUCAUUUAUCAUAUUUUAUAGUAAUAGAGUAUUAAGUUUUACAAUAUUUCUGAUAUUUUUUGACACAACCCGAAAUCGACCUGAAACCAAACCCGAACCUGACCCAUUGACCCGAAUUGCCACCCCUAGUCAUAAUAGAAAAACAAGGCUGUCUUUUGUUGUUUAUAAUGUGCUAAUUGUGGUUACCUGAACUUACAGAAACACUUUUAAGGGAUUCCGAGUUCUCAAAGACACUCGGGUUUAAAUUAGAGCAGAAAGCUGACAGUUUGAUAUAUUGAAUC